GUCAAAAAAAUGAAAAUGUUACAUAAUUUCAUCAAUUUUUUUCUUGUUAUACUUCUAUACCUUGCUACACUUGAUCAAGUACGGUGUUUUGGUUUUAAUUAUACAACCUUUUCUGAUUCCGAGGAAGUAGACUUCAUCAUGUCUGAUAAUUCCCACAUAUAUGAAAAGGCCAUACAAGUCACACCGGACACUAAUGGAGGAAUUGCAACUCUUUUCAACCGUAGUGGAAAGAUCGUAUACAAACAAGGUUUUAGGCUAUGGAACAAACAAAGAAAUGCAUCUUUCAGCACACAAUUUGUUCUCAAUAUAAAAACUCUACAAAAUGGUGGUGGUGAAGGGCUAGCAUUUAUUUUAGCUAAGGAUUCCGAGGUCCUGGCUGACAGCCAAGGACAGUGGCUAGGAAUUGUCAAUGCUAACACAAAUGGUUCUGCUCAGGGCAACAUUGUGGCUAUCGAGUUUGACACGAAAAAGAGCUUUCCAGAAGAUUUGGAUGAUAACCAUGUUGGUUUGAAUAUUAAUAGUGUAUAUUCUGAACAACAGGUUUCACUGUAUGGACGAGGUAUCAGAAUUGCAGAUGAAAAGGAUAUUACUGCUGUGAUCAGCUAUGAUGGUGUAACGAAAGUUAUGAACGUGUCUGUAAAGGGAGAAAAUCAAACAGAGUUUUCGCGAUUAAUGAGUGUUCCUAUUGAUCUUUCCCUGCAUCUUCCUAAGAAAGUUUAUGUCGGAUUUUCAGGUUCAACAGGAACAGGGAUAGAGCUUAACUGUGUAAAAUCAUGGUCCUUUGAUGGACAUAACAUAGCUGAAGCAAAGCAUAUAUGGGUCUGGAUUUUGAUUUCUGUCCUAAUUGUUGUACUCGUUUCGUGUGGUAUUGUAGUUGGUUUUUUUUAUAGAAGACAUAGAAGGAAGCAAAAGCAAGUGGAUGAUGAUGAUGAUGGGCUCUCUAUGCAGAGCAUUGAGACGGGUUUAGGUCCGAAAAAAUUCAAGCUCAAGGAUCUAAAGGGUGCUACUGGUAAUUUUAGUCCCAAGAAUGAGCUUGGAAGAGGAGGAUUUGGAGUAGUUUACCAGGGAAAGCUGGAUAUGAAAGAUGUGGCUGUCAAAAGAAUCAUCAAUACUCGUCAAGGGAAGCAAAAUCUGAUAGCGGAAGUCACAACAAUUGGUAGUCUUCACCACAAGAAUCUAGUGGAGUUGAUAGGGUGGUGUUUUGAGAAAAAUGAGUUUUUGUUGGUGUAUGAGUAUAUGCCUAAUGGAAGCCUUGAUAAGUUCAUAUGCUCAGAUGAUGAAAAUAUGACAUUAAGUUGGGAAAGAAGGCAUGGCAUCAUUUGUGGUGUGGCUCAAUCUUUGGAUUAUCUUCACCAUGAGUGCUCGAAGAGGGUUCUACAUCGAGACAUUAAAACUAGUAAUAUAAUGCUAGAUUCAGAAUUUAAUGCUCGCUUAGGAGAUUUUGGGCUUGCUAGGAUGUUUAAACUAGGUGAACAGACACACCAUUCGACGAAAGAACUUAUGGGAACACCAGGUUACAUGGCUCCAGAGAUUUUUCUCAUGGGACAUUCGACUGCAGAAACUGAUGUUUUUGCCUUUGGUGUUUUGGUUCUAGUGGUGAUCAGUGGGAGAAUGCCAGGGAAACAAAACGAUGACAAGAAUUUAGUCGAUUGGGUGUGGGACCUUUACAAGUCCGAUAUGAUUCUUAGUGCUAUUGAUCCAAGAUUGAAGGAUGAGUUUGAUAUGGGGCAGGCUGAGUGCAUGCUUUUACUGGGUUUAGCUUGCUGUCAUCCAAACCCUUAUACAAGACCUUCAAUGAGAAACGCACUUCAAGUUUUGAUGGGGGAGGUACUUCCACCAUCAGUUGCCAUUGAGAAGCCUGUCUUCAUGUGGCCUGCAACAGUUGAUAUAACAUCCUUUGAUCACUUGGAGGAUUCUAGUGGAGGAGAGAAUAUGUUGAAAGAAACUUAUUCAGAUCUUGUUGUAAGAUAGCAUAGUCAUACUGUAACUUACAAUAACUUUGGCUUGUUGAUUAUCAUAAUCAACACUUAUAGUAUGCUUUGAAUUUGAUUUUUUUUUUUUUUAAUUAAAUCAAGCAUACCUUAAAUUUUAUCUGUCUGUUUGAAUCAGAAACAUUAAUUUACUUGAUUACUCAUGUGUAUCUGCUGAAUAUCACGUAGAUCGUCAGCCUAAUAUUGUUUAUAAUAAUGGCCAAGGAUAGUAUGCCGCUUUGCCCUGAGCUUAUUAUGCAGAU